CGCGUUCGGUUACUGGUGAACUUCUGGACGCCAAUUCUGCGUCUGCAAGAGAUAGAGAGCUGACCGACUACACUGACUCACAGCAGCUUCUUGGAAUGACAGAAGGAGGUAGUAGUAGAUCAAGAACUGUCUCUAGCACAGCUAGUGGAGUAAGCCGGUCUUUGUCCACCGGCCAGACUUCAAUGGUUUCGAGGAGAUGCGUUCCUCGAUGUACCCGAGUUGCCUGUUGUGCACUAUCACCACAGGGUCAUAUUAUCUGGCGCCUGGGGGAACCGCAUGUUCCUCUGCCCCUGCGACUCUGCAAUUCAUGCGUUUUCGCCGAUGAUGGAUACUGACUUCAACUUGAGGUUGUGGUUGUGCUUGCCCUCGCAUAUACUCCCUGACAGAACAUUUUCUUCAUGCUUACAAUACAACAUAAUUCUAGAGGAAAAACAUAGAGUAAUCUUCACAGUAUGCCUACGCGAGAUUGCAUUGAGUGCAAACCCGCUGUGCCCUAUGCACAUAUCAUACACAAGUUGACGAUCUGGAUCUGCCUGCGCCAGAAGUCCGCCUCCAAAACAGCGAAUUAAUUCAGCUCCUCAAGUGCCAACCGCCAAAAUGAUGCUCAAGAACAGCUGAACAGCAGCACAUUUAGUGUUCACGGCAGUAGAACACGUCUUAUCAUAUCAUUAUGCUCUCUGUAGUUGUGACACAAUCACCGAAGACGGACCAGUAUCUAGUUGAGAUCAUAAGCUGUUAUUCAACAGCUUCGAGCAAGAAGAAGAACAGUCCUCAGUAAAACCAUGUAAGCCAUAAACGUCAGAAGCCACUACACCAUUAAGGAUGGCGGCGCCUGUCGUCCGUCUCGUGGUCUCAGGCGUCCUCCUCGCGCUAUCGGGUCAACAAGUAGGUGCACAAGAGCUCGAUUGCGCUGAAGCUGCGUGUCUUCCAGGGUAUUCGAAGAUAUAGAUACACAUAGCUAUAUUAGCAUACUAGACAUCUUAUUAUUUCCACAGGUGAUAAUAGCUUAGAGAAUCAACUAGUUGUUGUAUACCAACCUAGAUGAAGUUACCUUUUAUUUCUUUUCGUACGUUAACGUUUUUCACGUCAGCACUCUGGACGAAAGUAACGUCGUUAAAUUUGAUUUUGUUGAACUGCCAGUCCCGACGCUACUCCGCUGACCGAGUUGGAGUCGUUAUCUGCAGAGAAGCUGGAGAAAAAGCAUGCAGAAGUGACGAAGGCUUUUUCCGAUGCCAAGCGUGAAUUAGAGGAUAAAAAGAGGGCCUUGCGGGACAAGAAGGCCUCGCAGACGCAGUCGCUACACCAACUAGAACAGCAGAUAGAUCGCAUUCAAGACGAGCAUGCAGAUAAACGAGCAGAGGCUAGAGAGGGUAAGUAAUUACUCUAAAGUUCAAGUUGUCUUGUUGUAUUAGUUCCGAUACCUGCAUCAAGAUCAAUAUUAAAGUUCGAAGACGUGAAGAUGUUUCUGUAACUCGUCUAAGUAACAGUUGUUGUGCGUUUGUCAACAGCAUGAAGAUUUAGUUCAUUUUUUUGGCCAUGUCUUCCUCUUCGUUGAUAAAGAACAUAGAUGAAACCCUUAAAGCUAAUCCUCCCACUUCCGCGCUACGAGGACCGUUCACCCAUGAAAUCGCCGCGGGCUUUGUCACUCGGUUGCCCCCUAAAUUGGAAAGCUGUGGAAGCCGUGGCCAUUACUGUGACGAGUCUCGGCCUUGCUGUGACUAGUCUCGGCCUUACUCUGACUAGUCUCGGCCCUACUGUGACUAGUCGCAAAAUUGCUGCGACUAGCCGCAAAGUUGCAGUAACUAGGCGCGAAAUUACUGCGACUGGACGCAAAAUUACUGUGACGAGCCUCAGUCUUACUGUGACCAGUUUCAGCCUUACUCUGACGAGUUUCAAACUUACAUACUGGGACUAGUCUCGCGCUUACUGUGAUUAGUCUCGGACUCAAUGCGACUAGUCUCAAACUUACGGCGACUAGUCUCGCACUUGUUUUCGCGACUAGUCUCGCGCACACUGUGGCCAGUCUCGGGCUUGCUAUGGCUAGCUUCUGACUGGGUUCGUCGGGCUGUUCGAAUCUUAACACCAUCAGAAGCCGGCACCUGUGUACUCUGAUUGUGUUAAGAUUCGAACAGCCCGACAAACUCAGCCAGAGACUAGGCGCAGAAAAUUUGAGACUAGUCACAGCGAGCGCGAGACUGGUCACAGUAGAGCAAGUUGCUUGAGACUGGUCGCAGUGGGUCUCAGACUAGUCUGUCACAGUAAGUCUGAGACUAGUCACACUAAGCCUGAGACUAGUCCCAGUAAGUUUGAGACUAGCCACAGUAAUUUUGCGACUAGUCGCAGCAAUUUCGCGACUAGCCACAGCAAUUCUGCGACUGGUCGCAGCGAUUCUGCGACUAGUCACAAUAAGGCCGAGACUAGACGCAGUAAGCCUGAGACUAGUCGCAGUAACUGCCACAACUCCCACAACUCGGGCGCAAUUCGUCACAACUUCCACAGCUUGGAAGCCGUAAAGUCUAGCGCUUUCGUAGGUGUUUGGUCUUUCUGAAAUUGCUUUAACAUUUCAGUAAGCGCUGCCGUAGAGGGUGAGGGUAGCGCUUUGACAGCAGAGGUCGAAGAUGCCGAAAAAGCGAAUGCUCACUUGCAAGAUGAGUUGCAGAAAUUGCGAGCUGAGACGGUCCCCGUUGUCAGCGACCUAGCCAAGCGACGCUGCCACCAAUGCACCAAGAAGAAGCAGGAGAGUUCGAAAGAGGAUGAGAAACAAGCGCAGCUGUUUGGGCGAAAGCGCAGUAGACGCCCGAUGCCGGAUUCCGAAUCGGGCAAGAUGAAAACGAUAUUGUCUCGCAACAGAGAUACCAUUGCCAUUCGUGAUCAUAAGGGGGAAGAAGAAGGAGAAGAAAAAGAUGUUGCAGUUGGGGGAAAAAAUACCAUUUCUUCUUCAUCCGCGACUACUGCUUCGUCUCCUCGAGAGCAGAAGAGUAACAACAAACAGAAGAUGAAGAGUCGUCCUAUCAAGACCAACAAGAACAUUUUUCUGAUGCGAGACGAUAUCGCACCGGCAGAAAUUCAAGCCCUCGAGCGUGAGACCGCUGCCACCAUGGACGAAACACGCACUGUCUCGAGUGCAGCGAUCAGAGCAGACCAGCGCUUUAUGGAGAGGAAGCAGUUUUUGACUAGCAAGUUGGGAGAAGCAGAGGCUAAACCAGUUCUCGCGGCAUCUGCUCAGCAAGUGGCGACAGCAGAACGCAAGCUCGUAGCUCAGAAAACAGCGCGACUAGAUAGUCUGAAUGCCACACGAGCUGACCUCCAGAAACGAAAGGUGGAGCUCGCAGAUUACUUGGAAAGCCUUCGUGCGGAGCAGGAUGCGUGUGCCUGUUCGUGAAGAACGCCAGUUGGUCGUCUACUAUUCGUCGAGGUGAGGACGUAAAAGGAACAAGAAGUGAGGAACAAAGGUGCACAGAGACAGAACAAAGUGGAACGACGAAAACAAGUAGAAACUGUGUAGUUCAAGUUCUUGGCAGGAGAUGCACUGUUCGACGCAGUUAUGUUUCGUACGAUUCACUUUCACGAAGAUCAUUCGCUAGGUGGGGCAAGUAAAUACUUUGUUGUUUGAUACCAUGUAUAGAUCAUGAUCACAAUGAUGUAGAUGCAUAGUUAGAGGUGAUAAAAAAGGGGUUCCUAGAGUGUCAGCACCUGAAUUUGUCUGAUUUCUUCUCGUAGUUUUUCGAGGGCCAUAGUGAAGGAAUGAAAAAUAGCACUGUUUUUGCGCAAGUGGGACCCGCCAUCGCGGGAGUGAUAUCUCGAACAGAAGAUGGGACACGUAAAGUUGAACAGAGCCAGACCUUACACGACGAGAGCAAUGUCGUUACAAACGCACGUGCACUUAACACUCACACUAAUCCACAUGCUGAGUACCAGUACAGUGUAUGUAAUGCUCGGAGAAACAUCAGCAAUGAAGAGUUUAAUUUAGUUUUCACGGCUCGAUGGUGAACACACAAGAAGGGUGCCGUCCGCGUUUGUUUCUUCGUUAUGUCUUCGAUACCGUCGAUAAGGAUGAAAAUUCGCCUAUCUUUAUCUAAUCGACAUGCUGGGUAAUCGAGCGUUACUAUCGGC